UAAAUGGUUACAAAGUCAUAAAUACAUCUAGGCAGGACGUGUGGGUGUGCGUAACAAGUUAGUUUCUCUCAAGGAAGCCGGACGUCAGACAUGGCCGACUCAUUAUCAGAAGAGCAAAUUUCAGAAUUCAGAGAGGCGUUUUCGUUGUUUGAUAAGGAUGGCGACGGCACGAUCACUGGCAAGGAACUGGCAACCGUCAUGAAAUCUCUAGGUCACAGCCCUUCUGAGAGCGAGUUACAGGGUAUGAUCAGUGAAGUGGAUGUGGAUGGAAAUGGAACAAUAGAUUUUCCUGAAUUCUUAACCAUGAUGUCAAAAAAGAUGAAAGAUUCUGACAAUGAAGAGGAAAUUCGGGAAGCUUUCCGUGCGUUCGACAAGGACGGAAAUGGUUUCAUCAGUCCAGCGGAAUUGCGCAAUGCGAUGACAAAUCUUGGAGAAAAACUAACAGAUCAAGAGUUAGAAGAAAUGAUGCGAGAGGCAGACAUCGACGGCGACGGUCAAGUUAACUAUGAAGAAUUUGUGAAAAUGAUGUCUUCAAAGUAAACUUCAAAGAACAAUUUUUGACAAUAAAAGUUCCUUGACAUUAUGCAUACUAUAAACUUAUUUGGUCAAAUAUAUUGACAAAGUUUUACAGAAAAA